GACGAUAUGGAAAAACCACUGAAAUUUGUAAACAAACAGUGAGUCACGAGCAUGAUAAGAGCAGAAAAAUUUUCUUACUCCUCAAUUUGUUUGUCAGCAUCGUUUCAUCAUAUUUAAUUCAAAAUGACACUUAAAGUGUUUUAUGAUUUGAUGUCACAGCCUUGCAGAGCUUUAAUAAUUUUUUUGAAAGUUAAUAAUAUAUCUUUUGAAUCUAAAGUUGUAGCUCUGAGGAAAGGUGAACAUUUGACUGAAGCAUUCAGUAAAAUAAAUCCAUUCCGGAAAGUUCCUGUCAUUGAUCACAAUGGUUUUGUUUUAACUGAAAGCAUUUCUAUGAUUAGAUAUUUGUCAAGAGAAUAUAAGAUCUUGGACAACUGGUACCCAAAAGAUAGUAAAAGACAGGCGAAGGUUGAUGAGUAUUUGGAAUGGCAGCAUUUGAAUACAAGAUUGUUUGGAAGUAUGAUUUUUCGUGAAAGGGUAAUUACACCGCUUAUGACCCAGAAACCUAUUAAUGAGGAGAAAAUCAAAUUCUACAAGGAUGGUUUUCAGAAUGUUUUGAAAGAUAUUGAAAGGGGUUUCUUGCAGAAUAAGAACUACUUAUGUGGUGAAACAAUAUCUGUUGCAGAUAUUUUUUGUGCUUGUGAAAUUGAACAGGCUCUUGCUGUAGGAUUUGAUCCAUUUGCUGAAGCACCUUUAGUGAAGGCUUGGCUUGAAAGAAUAAGACAAGAACUGGAUCCCCACUACAGUGAAGUUCAUGGAAUAGUAAAGAAAUUAGCGUCUAACAUUGUAAGUGGAAAGUUGUAAACACUAGUUUCGUGUUUAAAUAAUAUACAAUCUAAUGGUGAUUAGUUUUAGUUUAGUGAAAACAAAGUUAAAACUUUUAAUCUGAUAAAUCUUGUUAAAUCUGAUUUAUAAAUACAAGAAAAUCAAUUUACUAUUAAAAAAUAUGUGAAUAUUUUUAUAACUUUUUACAUGAGUUUAUAAAAUUUAUGCUGCCAUUGUAACUUAGAUUUGUAUUUAUAUUUGUCAUUUCCAGAAUAGUGUAUUUUUAUUGAUAAUUGGAGAUUGUUGAAAGUAUUACUUGUCUGUAUUUUUCUCCUUAACUUAUACCAUACAAUUACUAUAUCUUUAAAUGCCAAAUGUAUGGUUAAGUAAUAAAAAAAAUUAUAUCACGAAGAGCAAUUUUAAAAUGCCAAACAUAUAGUCAGACAAAGUAAAAUGCUUUAUAUUUUGCAAUUAUUAUUGAGACAGAUUAAUAAUGACAUAGAUAUAAAAAGAGCUAAUUAGUCACUUUCUUUUAAAUUACUAUACUUCACUAUUGAAGUUACCUUACUAAAAUAUUUAUUUUUAAAAUCACAUAUCCUCAUAAUUACUAUACACUUGUUGUUUCAUUGUUUGUUAUUUCUUUAAAUAUCUGAACUUAAUAAAAUAUUUUCAAAUA